AUGGCAGUUGGGUUGGAGACCUGGCUGCGAGACGCUGGCGAGGAGUACCGGACCAGCGAUGUGAGAGACUUCUGCAGGGUAGCUGUGGAGCUGGGCGCAGUGGACAUGAUCGAGACCUACGCCCCUGUGCGCUUCGCGGCAAUGGCGCAGAAGUAUGGGCUCCGUCCAGGUUUCGCCAUGGACCUGAGCGAGAACAAGCCAGGGUCGUACGAUUGUUGGGACAUGGAGAAGGAUGAGGACGUGAAGGAGCUGGAGGACCGAGUGGACCAGGAGGGGCCGCACGUACGAAUGGGGAGCCCGCCGUACUUGACUACGGCGGCGGGCUUCUACUGGCGGCAACUUCGCGCCGGUAGGUAUUUCCUGCGCGAACAUCCGGCAGGAGCGGACUCAUGGAAGGAGGAUUGCAUCGUAAGGGUCAGGAGCGAGCCGGGGGUCUACACGGUGGAGGGCCCCAUGUGCUGCUACGACAUGAAGCCGGAGAGUUUCGAGAAGGUCAGCGGCGAGCGUCACGUUUUGAUGCAGACCAGGUGGAUGACCAACUCGGAGGAGCUGGCCAAGGCGUUGGAUCGAUGGUGUGCUAACCGGACUGGUGGGCCGUACCACGUCCACAUGCAGGUGAUUGGCGGCGUGGCGAAGCAGACAGCAGCGGAUCCCGUGCGACUCGCUCGCACUAUCGCGAGGGCCCUGAAGGAGCAGGUGCGGCGAGAUCGAGACGUUAGCGCUGUAGAGUUGGCAGCUGCGGGACCUACACCUACGGAGCCGCACUAUCCAGUCGACGACCUGGGCUCGAAGGAGAUCGAGAAGAUGGUAGAGUUUUACGAGGAGACCCGGGACAACAUCACAAGCGAGAUACUUCCCCCGGAGUUGGUAAAGGAGGCUAGGAAGAAGGAUAUUGAUUGGGUUCGCAACGUCAAGUUGUACGACAAGGGCGAUAAGGACAAUUACAACGUGCGCUCGAGGAUCUGCGGUCGCGAGCUGAAGGCAAAGACCAAAGACCAGCUGCUGGCGCACGAGCUUUUUAGCGCGAUGCCACCGUGGGAGGCUAUCAAGGCCUUGUUCUCUCUCUUGGUCACCGACGGCUCCGUGGAUGACACCGCGGACCCAGAGAUCGCCAUCUUCGACAUCAGCCGCGCGCAUUUCAUGGCGCCGGCGAAGCGUGAGCUAUACAUCGACAUUCCCGCGGAAGAUCGAGAACCAGGUGACGACCACAUGGUCGGAAGGCUCAAUCGCAGCAUGUAUGGGUUCCGCGAUGCCAGUUGUAAUUGGAUGGAUGAUUGGCAGCAGUUGCUGGAGGCGGACGGGUUCGAGAUCGGAGUGGCGAACCCGGCGUUGUUCCUUCAUCGAGGUUUGGUUUUACGUGAUGGAGUGCAUGGUGAUGAUUUCGUGGUUUUGGGUCCUCGUUUGGGACUUGAUCAGAUCGGCGCCACUUUGGCGUCGAAGUAUUCCGCGCGGGAGAGCCGCAGGCUAGGCUUCGCGGACCACUGCGCGAAGGAGGCGACGGUGCUGAACAGAGUCAUCAGGGUUGGCUAUAACCAGGACGGCCGCAAGCACGUUGAGAUCGAGCCGGACGCUAGGCACUCGGAGCUCAUCGUGCAGGCGCUGGGGCUCGGCAAGGGCAAUGGCGUGAAGACGCCAAGCGUCAAGCCGACCGAUGCGGACAUUGAGCGGCAUCGGAGGUCACCGCCACUUUCCUCGACGGCAGCUUCGACAUUCAGAUCGGCUGUGAUGCGCGCGAGUUCUCUCGCGCAGGACCGGCAUGACAUCGGCGAGGCUGCGAAGACGUUAGCACAGAGGAUGGCCAAGCCAACGGAGGAGGCCAUGCAGGAGUUGAAGCGAUUGGGACGAUACUUGGUGCAUCGGCCGUACGUGAGCCUCAUCUACGACCAGCAGCGCAUGCCAGACCACAUCCUCGCGCCCGUCGACAGCGACCACGCGGCGGACAGGCUGACCCGGAAGAGCGUCAGCGGCAUGGUCAUCAGGAUGGGGCGGCACGUGAUCAAGGGCAGCUCCAGCAUUCAGUCGGCACUCGGACUGAAUGUUGGCGAAGCGGAAUUCUAUGCAUUGGUGCAUGGGGGAGCCCAUGGACUGGGUAUGCAGAGUUUCAUGCGUGACCUCGUGGUGGAGUUGGACGUGGUCGUGGAGUCCGACUCCACGUCGGCCAAGUCCUUCGCGUCCCGGAAGGGCUUGGGCAAGCAGCGGCACGCGCAGACGCGGUACUUGUGGAUCCAGGACCGCGUCCGCAAGAACCACCUGAAGAUUCAGAAGGUGCCGGGGAAGCAUAACGCGUCCGACAUUCUCACCAAGAGCGCUCCAGCGGCUGAGCUGGACAGGCACAUGGGCGUGAUGAACCUUGUCGCCACGACCAGAGGUAAGAAACACAAGAGGCUCUGA